AACGCUGUUCUCUUUGGUUACCGCCGCCAUUUUGACGUUUAGUAAAAUUUGUAAUUUCUUCCGUAGUAUUGAGUUUGUCGUGUGGGUCGUGUGAUUUAUUCAUUUGCAAGAAGGUGUUAUUAAAACUGUUGUUAGUUUUAUUCCUACAUACGUGAAGUUGAAGAUGGCAAACCGAAGAUCUCAGAAUGGCGGCCGUCGCAUGGAUUUCGGUCGUAAUGAUCGCGGCAAGAGUUUCGGCCGCAGCGGAGUGUCGCCGUGGCAGGGCGGCGGCCCCGGGGGCGGGCUGCCCAACCUGCUUCCCUUGGCCGGAGGGUCGACGGAAGCUACCUUGGCUCUGGCCAGCAACAUCAUCAACCUAUUGCAACCUAGACAAAAUCCUGUCCCAUCACUAUUAGACAUGCCUAUAAGGCGUGACUUUGGUCCUAAUGUAGGUCGCUAUGACCGUGGUUAUGGACCCAAUAGGAUGGGCAAUCAAGGUAAUUUCCGGCGUACGGGGAAUUACAAUCGAGCUGGUGAGCGUAUCAACACAAAUCGUAAGCCGUUCAGGCCCAAUGAUGGGCAAAAGCAACAAAACAAGAGUUCCCCGAAAAAGGAAGCCGAUUCCAAGGCUAAGCCUGUAAAGGAGAGCGACCCUGAGGUCAAGCAGGAGGCAGAGGUGAAGACUGAACCGGCCGAGGCUCAGGAGGAUGAAACUCCUCUGAAGAAAGAUCAUCCUAAAACUCGGUACGAUGACAUUAACCCACAAUUGCUGAAGUGUCACAUCUGUAACAAGAGUAUGUGGGACGGACGCUCGUUUGAGAACCAUCUGAUCGGGCGCGCUCAUGCAAUAAUGAUGCAGAAGACAGCCGAGAGCUAUGCGCUGACUGCUGAUACCAUGCGCCAGGAGUUUAAGAUCCGCGAGAUGAAGCGCACGCGCAAGGCGGGCCAGCAUCCAGCGCGCGACUUCUACUGCGCGAUGUGCGACAUGUACGCUGCGGACGGCGCGUUCCAUCGCACCACCAUCGGCCAUCGGCGGCUGAAGAAAUACCUGCACCCCACCUGCACGUCUUGCCACAAGGAGAUGCCCACUAGGAUCGAGUUGGACGAGCAUCGACUUACGACGGAGCAUCUGCGCAACAUGCAGAACAAGCAGGAAAUUAUUACCAAACCCAAGCCUGAAGUGAUGGUGAUAUCCACCCUGGACAUGGAACAUCUGUACCUGCGCGAGGACCGACAGAGGCGCCGUCGCGGUGAUCCGCAAGACCAGGCUGAGGAUAAGGGAGACGACGAGAAGCAAGAUACCACCGCUGAUGAGGAUGGAAACAAGGAUGGUGAAGAGGGUGCGGAUAAGACAGGUGAUGACGCUGAUAUGGAAGUGAAACAGGAGUCAGGUGAAGAGAAGCCGUCUGCCAAGCCCAUAGACAAUGAAAACUUCAUAGUGGACUACAAAGAAGGCGACGAUCUGUCCCAAUUUACUCCUGACAUGUACCCUCCUUAUAGUACGGAGCGCGGCGUGGGCCAGUCGUUUUUGUCCGAGUUCCGCUGCGUGCAGUGCCGGCUGUGCCGCAAGCUGCUGGACUGCGACGAGACCGCUGCCGUGCAUCUCCGCACCUGGCGGCACCAUCAGCUCUUCCUGCGAUUGCUCGCCGAGAAGAAGCAGGCCAGCCAGCAGGGGCAGGAGAGCUGCAAGAGGGAAGCGGAAGGGAGCGACGAGGGAGCCAGCCCCAAGCGACGCAAGACUAGCGAGGGUGGCGAGGAGCAGAAUGGGAUGGAACAGGAUGCUCAAGAUAAUGGAAACAAGCCUCAGGUUUCUUCCGAGCAAAGCCAGGCUACGGACCCGGUGAUCCAGGCCACAGAUGAAGUCGAGGACUGGGAACAAUCUGUAGACGAGAUACUAGCAGAUGAACGAGACAAUAUAGAACCGGAAGUCGUAACAAAAGCACCGGAACCAGAGAAAAAAGAGCCAGAGAAGCCCAAAGAGAUUGAGAAGCCUAAAGAGAUUGAGAAGCCUAAAGAGAUUGAGAAGCCUAAAGAGAUCGAGAAGCCUAAAGAGAUCGAGAAGCCUAAAGAUAUUGAAAAGCCUAAAGUGGUUGAGAAGCCGACGCCUCCUCCUGUGACCCCCACUAAAGCCCCUGCUCCCAUGUCGGCACCCAUUAGCACCCCGCACUACAUGGACAACCGGGGGCGGAACACGCCCCGCGGCAGGGGCCGGGGCCGCGGGAGGGCGCGCGGCAGGUACUAGUGACUCCCGCUCGAAUAUUCUCAUCACUACACUUAAUGAGAGAUGCUUGGUAUAAGGUUAGGUGUCACAUAGAUGUAUCUGAGAAAGUUUGAUUAAUGUUCGGAAUAUAAAAUAAUUUGACCGAUAACUAGAUACAUAAAAUAAACUAAUCAGUAUGAGUAAUGUUAGUGUCAAAGUCAAUUUAUUUUGUGAUUUUUGCGAUCGAUCCGGAGAUUGUAUUAUCUUUGGUCGUAAGACUCGAGAUUUUAUAGCAGAUUACAUUUCGGUGACACCUAAUUUGACGGCGCUUCCCGACUGACCGAGCGUUGCUUCACGAGACGUUUUUCUGUCUGAACGCUAGUCUGAUAUUUGUUCACAUAGCGAUUUCUGGUAAUAUAUCUAUUAGCAAUUUAAAAGUUGUAAUGGUAUUAGAGGUAAUUUCGAUAUUGUUCUAAAAUUGUUCAGACGGUUUGCGACUUCCUCGCGAGGCAACGAUCGGUCAGUCGGAACGCGCCCAACUGUGUUCAUAAUGAAAUUUCCUUUCCAGCAUGAACAAUAAUUGGGAAUGGGAUUAUCAGAUAUAUCGGCUGAAAUAUCUAAAGCUCUAGUUGCCACGACAUUCAUCAUGAUUCGCUUUGGACAAAACUCAUUAGCCUACAGGACAACGCCAAAGAAUUGGAUAAUUUAUUUAAACCUUAUUUUAAUAUAUUUAGUGUUCAUAUUUCUAGUAAUCAGAAUAUGCUAUGGAAACCCAUUUAUUAAUAUCUACGAAAUAUGAACACUAAAGGUGUUAGACUAAGAUUUUAAAUAAUGCCAUGUUUUUCCGCGCCGUCCUGUCAGGAAGCGAUGCACGUUUAUCCGCCGUUUUCAAUAAAUGAUCUCAGUCGCUUUUUCGAUCCAUCGCAAAAAGACCAAUCACAGCGAUUUUUUUUUUUACAUGUACGAUUUACUUAUUUUGGUUGGUUUGUCUUCAGCAUCGGAUUAAUGUUAUGAUAACGGCUGUAAAUUGGCAUCGAAAGAAAUCAUAAGAUCAUUCAUAUUUCAUUUAUAGCGCAUUGUGGGCAUCUUUAGGCAGUUUUUUUUUAUAAUGGCACUGAUUUUAUUUUAUCCUAGUAUUAAUCGCGUACUGAAUUAGUUAUGAAAUGCGUGUUAGGUUAAUAUAUAAAACGGAAAUUAUAAAAAAAAAUAAACUUGAAAUAAAAUAGGAAUAGCUUUAUGAAUAGAAUGGAAUCUGAUGUAUGUUAUACUUGAAUAUUUGUGUUUAAACAUACUUAUGUCUAUGGUGGCUAUUAUUUGCUGAAGGAAACGGUAUCUGCACAUAUGUUGACCUUAAAGUUUAUUAAGCCCACUGGUGGGCCAGGAUCCCCUCUACUGCUGGACGGCUGUAGCCAUUGUUGAAUUUGCAAAAUAAUAUUCAAUGUUAUUGCAUAUUAAAAUCAAUUUAUAUGUAAUAAUAUAUGUUCAAACAUACACUAGCCCCUUCUACUUUAUCAAGUGAUCAACUUAUGUGUGGAUACUGGAGUGUUGAUAAUAAUUAUCAAAAGUAUUGGUAAGCUACUUUGUGUCUGUUUUAAGUCUGCAUACUAAAAUUAUAUAUAGGUUUUUUGUAAGCUUAGCCGCUUUAGAUAGCAAAUUAGUAUUAGAUUUGAAAGACUCGAAUACUUCAAUUGCCUAGACUUUUAUGUAUUAUAAUAUUGUAGGUGUAAAUCCUAGAUCCUAAUUAUUAGGCUCUCAAGGUUAUUAAAGUACUUUAACUAUAAACCUUUGUGUUUUGUUAAUAUUGUUUAAAACAUUGUUAGUUUAAUUUAAAUAUAGUUAAGGUAUAACUAGAUCAAAAAAUGGUCAAACUUUUCAAAGAAGAAUAAUUCGGAAACCUAAAUUACCCACAACUUUUCCGCCCGUUUUCUAGCGUUUUUUAGGUCCCAAAAAUAUUUUUGUUGGCAUACAGCCUCAGUUGUUGGCGUGCCCGAAUUAUUUUGCCGCAUGUCACCGCUGGGACGCAUGGCAUUGCUUUUCCAUCUCUGCUCUAAACCUUUUAGUGGGUGUAUCCAUGAAUUUUCGAAAUGUUUUAUAGGUUUUGAAAAUUUCAUAUCAGAAAUACUAGCAUGUUUUUAGGCUCGUGAAAAAUACAGCAAAAUUGUAGAAAUAGCUAUUAAUGGUAGUAUUAGAAAUAUUUAUAAAAUGAUUUAGAUGCAAACAGCUUCAUUGAAAGUUCCAGAUACCAAUUAAAUUUUUUCGUAUAAAUUAUAUACUUCAAUGACUAUACUUAAUAGAUUAGUGUUCUAUAAAUUUACAGGAAAUUUAUUUAAUGUACCAAAUAUAUUAGUAGUGAAAAUUCCAAUAAAAAUAGGUCAAAAUAGUUAAUUAGAUAUUAUGCCUGGACUACUCAAAUGUUAUACACUAUAUUAUAGGUUCAUAUAGCUAAGCUUUAGGGUAGUUAAACUUCAACCAUACUGUGUCGACUUAAAAGUUAAACUAUUAUAAAUUAAUUCAAUUCACUUGAUUUUGUAUUUCCUUUAGAGUAUCUUUGUUUUGUAUAUGUAGGCAAUUAUUACCUACACAUAUUUAAUAUAAAGUAAUAAAUUAACUCAAGCAUGAUAAUAGUAUAUUUCCUACAAACUCAAACCUAACUUUCUGUCCAAACUGAAGAUUUUUUACUUAGCUGGUUUGUUAUUCCCUUUUACUGUUUGCUAACAUCUGCAAAGGCCAAUAAAGCUUGUGCCUAACUUCAUAAUAGAUUUGUCUAUAAUAUAGCUGUAAACUGAAAUUGUAUAUUACAUUUCUACAUACAUAACAUUUUUUUCUUUGCAGUUGAGACUAGUUUAUAUAUUUCCUUAAUUACAGCAACAAUAAAAUUAAAAGCUGUUAACAAGUUGAAUACAAUAUUUGUCUGUAGUGAAUAUAGCUAGUGAUUCUGUUUGUACCUCAGAAUUGAGAAUAAUAACUUUUGUAAACCAGAAAAAUGUAUUCAAUUUCAUUAUUAAAAUAUAACAGAGCUGUUAUUAGAUAUGAAAUUAUAUUUUUUCAAAAUGUUUGCUUAGCAAUCUUUUCUUAUGCAUGUUAUUAAUUAAAUUAGAUGAUUAUUUAAGACAAUGAAAGCUAGGAGCAGCCAAUACCAAGUUGCAGAAUAAUGUUAUCAUUGCAUUUACCAAUAUAUCAUAAUUAAAGGCUAUGUUUGCACUUUGGGCAAAUAUUCACUAAUUGAAAUAUGGUUUUUAUGCCUGUUAUGAUACAAUUGUAAAUGCAUUGACUAAUGUUAUACUUGGUUGAGCUAUGGAUUCUGUAUUGGCAUCAAUCUUGUGUGUGAACACAGUAUUUUAUAAAUACACAUAGUUAAUCUCUAAAUUGAAUAAUCAAUAAAAAAAAUCCUUAAA